AGCCUGUCGCUGCGGUGGAGAUAAAUCCCGAGAUUUAUGGCCCCCUUGUUCAUCUGAGAGCCAGUGGCCUUCCCGCCUGCCAGCCGGCCUCCUCAGAACCUGCCCGCGCGGCGAGGGUGUUGUGCAGAGUGACUCACGCGGAGCCGCUCCCCGGGAAGAACUGAGUGUUCCCGGCCCCCUCCCCGGAGCUGGCAAACAAUCCAGCAUCUCUCCUCUCCUUGCCCAAGUUCAUGGACUGCUUCAUGAUUGGCUGGGAGCUGGUGCGGCUGCUGCAGAACGUUGCCAGGAUACCGGAGUUUGAGCAGCUCUGGAAGGACGUUAUCCACAAUCCGCAGGCGCUGAGCGCCCAGUUCACAGGUGUCCUGCAGCUCCUCCAGCUGAGAACUUCGCGCAAGUUCCUGGCCUGCCGCCUCACCCCGGACAUGGAGACCAAGCUGCUCUUCAUGACGUCCCGGGUACCCGCUUUGCUCCUCCCGCGGGGCCCAGAGGGCGCAAUGGGGCGGGGGUCCAACGUCGCUGCCUCCAACGCCAAGCUGGCCUUGUUCUACGACUGGCUCUUCUUCAGCCCCGAGAAGGACAACAUCAUGAACAUCG